AUGAGCAGCGUUUCGAGGCUAGGCCUGGGUCUCAGGCUGCAGCCGUCGAGCUUCGGCUGCGUUGCUGCAGUCCCGCAGCGAUGCAUCUCCUACACGCCCAAGGCACGCGUCAAAUCCACUCUCGAGGCCGGCGAGAACAAGUCCGGCCACAUCAAUCAAGACCUGAACCAGGCCGUCCUCUUCUUUGACCAUGUGUUUCCCCUCAAGCUGCAAUGGCUGCUCCGGUUUCCCUUCUCCACCGAGAAGCAGUUCCCCGAGUUGAUGAAGCGCCUGAAGAGCCCAACCGUCGCCGCUGCUGACCCUGUUAUGGUUUUGAAGAACUCUCCGAUCCUGAGCAAAGCCAAGAUCACCGUCGAAGAGGUGCUGCCCCGCCUCAAGGAGGGUGGUGCUUUCGUGAAGAUUAGACAUGACCCGUCCGUCAACCCGACGAGCAUCGAGACUGAGAUUCGGGACCACCUGAAGAAAACUCAGAUCAAGCCAUGGUGGAAUCCCUUCCAGCGCAUGCGCGCAAGGCUUGUUCGCGGUCGCCCGUGGGUCGAGGACCUGUAUCGCCUGCCCAGUCAACGCUUGAUGGUCGAGUUUCUGCCCGCAGAGGUCGGCACCGAACCUGCCGAGCUGUCCCCAGAGCAGCUCUACAGCAUCUUCAGACCCUACGGAAAACUCAAGGACAUCGUCAUCCAACCGCCGGACUCGAAGAUUGUUCCCAAAUUUGCAUACCUGGAUUUCACGCUAGCCCGUCGUGCCAUUAUGGCCAAGAACUGUCUGCAUGGCGUCAAGAUCCCCGAAGCUGAAGGGGGUGGGAAGGCCGGGACGUUACUACGUCUCACGUACGAGGCCAAGGGCAAGGGCCACUGGUUCCGUGACUGGAUUCUCGGGCAUCCGAGAAUCGUUAUUCCUGCGGUGAUUGCCAUCCUCGGUACCAUCACCGUCACCGUCUUUGAUCCCAUUCGAACAUUCUUCAUCAAAGCUCACGUGAAUCGGUCCUUCAGCUUCGAGGACAACAAAAUCUACAACUGGUUCAGAUCCCAGGCUACAGACAUCCUGUCGUUCCGUCGCAAACAUGAAGAGGACGCGGGCAUGGAAGCCAUUUGGGACGAUCGAAAGCCCAACAUUGAACAGCUGCAGACGUGGUUGAUGGAAUCUACCGACACUUUCAUCAUAGUGCAAGGCCCACGCGGAUCUGGAAAGAAAGAACUCGUCUUGGAUCAGGCGCUCAAGGGCAGGAAGCACAAACUAAUCAUCGAUUGCAAGCCAAUCCAGGAGGCCCGCAGUGACAGCUCGACCAUCAACGCCGCGGCUGCCGAGGUUGGAUAUCGGCCUGUGUUCUCUUGGAUGAACAGCGUCAGUGGCAUGAUCGAUCUCGCGGCGCAGGGCGCAGCUGGCGUCAAGACUGGUUUCUCAGAAACGCUCGACGGCCAGCUCAGUAAAAUUCUCAACAACACGGCGACAGCUUUGAAGCAGAUUGCGCUACAUCAUCGCGAAAACAGCGACAAGGAUGCAACCCUCAGCGAUGAUGACUGGCUCGAGGUGCACCCGGAGAAACGACCCGUCGUCGUCGUGGACAACUACCUUCACAAGAGCCAGGAUGACACUCUCGUUUACGACAAGAUUGCAGAUUGGGCUGCUGGUCUGACGACCGCCAAUGUCGCUCACGUGAUCUUCUUGACCCACGAUGUGUCGUUCUCAAAGUCGUUGAGCAAGGCCCUCCCGGACCGUGUGUUCAGGCUUAUCUCGCUCAGUGAUUGCUCGCCUGAAGUUGCGAAGCGCUUUGUCAUCAAACAUCUCGAUGCAGACGAUGAUGAGGCCAGGGGCCACCACUUCAAGAAAGACAAGGACGAGGAAUGGGAGAAGUUGACGCCGUCUCAACGCCGUAAAGACAUUGCCGAGCUGGAUGACUGCAUCGGUGCUCUUGGUGGUCGUCUCACCGAUUUGGAAUUCCUGGCGAGACGGAUCAAGACUGGCGAGAGCCCGAGAAAUGCGGUUCAGCAAAUCAUCGAGCAGUCUGCGUCCGAGAUCCUCAAGAUGUUCCUCGUCGGUCAAGACAGCGGUGAACGGAAAUGGACGCCCGAGCAAGCCUGGCUUUUGAUCAAGCAGCUUGCUGCGCAGGAGACGCUGCGCUACAACGGCAUCCUGCUAGCAGACACUUUCAAAUCGGGCGGCGAACGCGUCCUCCAGGCUCUGGAACAGGCCGAGCUCAUCACCAUUGUUUCGAGCAACGGACGGCCGCACAGCAUCAAGCCCGGAAAACCCGUUUAUCAGUCCGCCUUCAAGAUGCUCACAGCAGACCACGUUCUGAAGGCCAAGCUGGAUCUUUCAAUCCUGGCGGAGCAGACCAAGGUCGAGACUGCGAGCAUCGACAAGUACGAGGCCGAGCUGAAGCUGUUGGGAACGCUCCCAAAGCAGCCAUGGGAGCUUGGAUCUAGAAUUAAGUGGCUGUUGACCAAAGUGCAAACCAGCCAAGCAAAAGUGGAGAAGUACGAGAUGGAGAGCGCAGAGUUGAAGAAGAUACUGCAACGUGAUUUCUGA